CUGCUCCUAGCUGUGCUCUACCUCGCUCCUCUGUGCCACUACAUCCUACAGACAGACAGGCAGCGGCCAAGCCAAGCUUCCAUCAUGAACGACAUCUACAAAGCAGCGGUAGAGCAGCUGACAGACGAGCAGAAAAAUGGUAUGUAAAAUGUGUUCAUCCUCAGUGUUUCCCCUAGGAAUUCUUUCAGUAGCGGUGGCAAAGUCGUAUUUUUUUUUUGUGGUGGCCACAAUUUCGCAGCGUGGGUGCGCCGCUGCUAAAAACAUAUAGGGGAAACACUACAUCUGAAUUUCUUUAUGGUUUACUAAUCUAUGUCGGUCUCUGAGGCCUAUGCAUAAAUGUUUCUUCAUGUGGGAUAUAUAUCUUCAACUCUACUAAAUUUAAUCACAUCUAAAUCAAUAUUUGGCCUAAAAUGUGUACCAUUCUCUCCUUCAGGCCAAGAUGAAAAGUACAUUCUAGAUAUCUCAGAGGAUCAAUUUUUUUAUUUAUUUAACUAGUUAAGAACAAAUUCUUAUUUACAAUGACGGCCUACCAAACCCAGACGAAGCUGGGCCAAUUGUGCGCCGCCCUAUGGGACUCCCAAUCACGGUCGAAUAAAAUGACAGCCUGGAUUCAAACCAGGGACUACAGUGACACCUCUUACACUGAGAUACAGUGCCUUAGACCGCUGCACCACUCGUAGGAACCAAAUCAUUUGAUUGACUAAAAAAAGUAUAUCUUACACUAAAGUAGCCUACACAUAGAACUGACCAUGAAAACAAAAGGGGAGGGGGGAGAAGAAGAAGAACUGACCGUGGUCAUGUGCUGUGCUGUGCUGUGUGUUGCAGAGUUCAAGGCAGCCUUUGACAUCUUCGUCCAGGAUGCAGAGGAUGGCUGCAUCAGCACCAAGGAGCUGGGCAAGGUGAUGAGGAUGCUGGGGCAGAACCCCACCCCCGAGGAGCUGCAGGAGAUGAUCGACGAGGUGGAUGAAGACGGCAGUGGGACGGUGGACUUUGACGAGUUCCUGGUGAUGAUGGUGAGGUGCAUGAAAGACGACAGCAAAGGAAAGACAGAGGAGGAACUGGCGGACCUCUUCCGCAUGUUUGACAAGAAUGCGGACGGCUACAUAGACCUGGAGGAGCUGAAGGGGAUGCUGGAGGCCACAGGGGAGGCCAUCACCGAGGAUGACAUCGAGGAGCUCAUGAAGGACGGGGACAAGAACAACGACGGGAAAAUCGACUAUGACGAGUUCUUGGAGUUUAUGAAAGGAGUAGAAUAAACAGCAUCAAGAGAAGACAGAGUCCGCUGACCCUUAGUGAUAUUUUUUCUAUUUCUCUUGAACAUCAUAGACAUCUACAGAAAGCCGGAAGUUGACUUUUGGAUGUCAUCGGCAGAACUUCUGAACGACUUUGCAAGACUUAGUUCAAUCAUCUGAUUGCUUGUGUAUUUUUAUAACUUUUUACAAUUUCUUGCAUUGUUGUAAAUACUGUCUGUAACCUGUUUUAGGUGCCCCAUACACUGCGUUUGAGUAAAUGUAACCAACCGAAAUAUUCACAUUAACAACUCACAUAUCACUUCAGUUUGCCUACUUGAACUAUGCAUUAUUGUUUAACUUCAAAUGCAUAUGAAUUUCUGCAGUGCCACAAACAGUUUACAAAUCUCUUAUUUUUCCAAGUUGCUGAUGUUGUGCUGCCGGACAGAAUGCUGUUUGAAAUACAUCCUUUUAGGCAUGGGACAGUACAUCUGUCCCUGUAAGUCCCUGUAAUUAUACCAUACUUUGAUUAGCCCGUUAGUAGUCUAAACAUACAUUGAAAUGCAAUGUAGCCACAGCGGCACAAUGCAACGGUUGUAUGUUUUAACAGAUUCCCUCAGGGCCAUUUAAUCUGCUGGAGAGCCUGUGAUGGAUGUACACGCCAUACGUCUGCAUAGAAUGUACAGUCAAGUAAUAAAUGUGUUCGCCAAAGCAAC